AUGGCAGCUCCUACACAGCUCGCUUUCCGAACGCUCAAAGGGGUUGGCAUCCUAGAUGCCGCCCCUGUUUAUGAGCCCUUGUCGGGGUUUGUGAGACCUGAAGGGAACCUCCGUUGCAGUGCCUACUCGCCGUGCGGCCGUUACUACGCAUGGGCAUCUCCCGAGAAGGUCACCAUCGUCGAUGCCUCCGUCGGUCAUGUCGUUUCGACUAUCCCCGCCGAUAAUGUGUUCGAGCUGGGGUUCUCCCCGCUCGGUACCUACGUGAUCACCUGGCAGCGGCCGAGCAAGGACGCCAACGGAGACGCGGUCAAGAACCUUAAGGUGUGGCGCGCCAUUGAGAGUGGAGACGAGCAUGCGGUUGUGGGAAGUUUCGUCCAGAAGUCGCAGACGGGUUGGAACCUGCAAUACACCCCCGACGAGCGGCUAUGUGCCCGUGUCGUGACCAACGAGGUCCAGUUCUACCAGAGUGAAAACCUGUCGACCGUCUGGAAUAAGCUGCGCGUGGAGGGGGUGGCGGAUUUCGCGCUCUCGCCGGGACAGACCCAGUCGAUUGCUGUCUUUAUUCCCGAACGGAAGGGCCAACCCGCCGCCGUCAAGGUGUUCAUUGUGCCGCAGUUCGGCGCCCCGGUCUCCCAGAAGAGUUUCUUCAAGGGUGACAAAGUCCAGCUCAAGUGGAACUCCUCCGGGACAACCUUGAUUGUGCUUGCUCAGACCGAGGUGGAUCGGACUGGCAAGAGUUACUACGGCGAGACCACGCUGUACUUGCUCAGUGCUAGCGGUGGAUUUGACUCGCGUAUUGAUCUUGACAAAGAAGGGCCCAUCCACGAUGUGAGCUGGAACCCCAACUCGAAGGAAUUCGGUGUUGUCUACGGCUACAUGCCGGCGAAGACGACCAUUUUCAACGUACGCGGUGUGGCCAAGCAUAAUUUCCCUCUGAGUCCGCGCAAUACGAUUCAGUUUUCUCCCCACGGUCGGUUCGUUCUGGUGGCCGGGUUUGGUAACCUGGCGGGCCAGAUGGACCUCUACGACAUGGACAGGAACUUCCACAAGAUUGCUACCGUGGAGGCCUCCAACGCCAGCGUGUGCGCCUGGUCCCCCGAUGGGCAGCAUAUUCUGACUGCGACAACCAGCCCGCGCCUGCGCGUCGACAACGGUGUGCGUAUCUGGCACGUCAGCGGUGGCCUCAUGUACAAUGAGGACAUGACCGAGUUGUACGAUGUCACCUGGCGGCCGCAGAGCACUGCUCAGCUUCCGCUGACUGACCCAUUCACUAAGCUGCCCACACCUCACCCGUCCGCCACCGCGUACCUGAGCACGCGUAAAGUUCCCGCCAAACCGGCAGGUGCUUACCGUCCCCGGCGUGAGGACGAAGGUGGAGCUGCCUUUAUCCGCGACGGUGCCCCGGGAGCUGGCCUGAACGGCUUCGGCAGCAAGUCGCGUCGCCGUGACAUUCCUGGUGCCGAGCCGUCGGAGGAGUACCUGCCUCCCGGUGCGGCGCCAGACCAGCCGGAGCGUCUGUCCAAGUCGGCGGCCAAGAACAAGAAGAAGCGCGAGGCCGCCAAGAAGGGCAAGGACGACGACAAUGAGCCGCCCGCCAACGCCCCCACUGGCCCCAGCCCGGACCGCAACCGCACCAAGGGCAAGAACGGCGCCCCCGUCAAUGAUCUCAACCCCACGGCCCAGGAUAAGAAGAUCCGCGGUCUGCUGAAGAAGAUCCGGGCCAUUGAUGAGCUGAAGAUGCGUCUGGCUGGAGGUGAGAAGCUGGAGGACACCCAGAUGAAGAAGAUCCAGACGGAGGAUUCCGUGCGCAAGGAGCUGGAAGCUGUCGGGUACAACGGGUGA